AUGCCGCUCUUGCAUCAGGACAACAGCCGCAGAGGCGGUGGCUCCAACGAGAACCGCCGCUCGUUGGCAGACUUCCUCGGUUUCGACGCGCAGAGCAUCGGCGAGCCCGCAGCUGCUCCUGCUAACCACCGUACUAAUGACGUGGUAUCUCUGGGCGGUGACGACUGGCGAUGGGAGGAGCCCCGUAGCCCGGAAGUGGCGCACACGCCGCGCUCUCUGGUCCCGCCAAACUGCUUCCCGCCCAGGCAUCCCAGGGCUUUCGCUAGCUUCAGUGAGAGCGCCCGCCCCGGCGCCGGGUGGUCGGAGGACUCCGGAGGGCAGGGCAUCACGGAUCUCGUCGCCUCUUUAAAGGCCCUGGCGAUGCCGCCGGCUACGAAUGCGCGUGCGCUGCAGACCUCCAUACAGGUGCGGCUCAGCUACGAGGGUCUUGAGAAACUGGUGGAGCCGCCAUGGCCGCCUGAACAGGCCAGCUCUACCAGAGAAGAGCGGGCGCUCACUCGCAGAGCCUCCUUUUGUGGUGCAACCCCUGUCUGCGUGGGCAGCGCAGUCGAGGGGUCUCCGGCGAGGUGGACGGGCGUACUACCCGCUCGUUGUACAGAUCCUAGUGCUGGGUUCUCGGCGAAGGUGUUCCUCGGGGGGCUCCCGUGGGACAUCACGGAGCAGGCGCUCAUGCUGGCUCUUAAACAGUUCCAGCCAGUGCGUGUGGAAUGGCCCGGGCAAGCGGACGGCGCGGCGGCGCGCGGCUUCGCGUACGUGACGCUGGACAGCGAGCGCCGCGUGCGCGCGCUGCUGGCGGCCGCGCGCCGCGACGGACACAACUGGUACUACCGGGUCGUGUCGCGCAAGAUGCGGGCCAAGGAGGCAGAAGUGAUCCCCUGGGCGGUGUCGGACUCCAACUGGGUGAGCGGGGGCUCGGCCCGCCUGGAGCCGCGCCGCACGGUGUUCGUGGGAGCCCUGCACGGCAUGCUGAGCGCGUCGGCGCUUGCGCACAUCAUGAAUGAACUGUUCGGAGGCGUUGUUUAUGCUGGUAUCGACACAGACAAGAAUAAGUACCCGAUAGGCUCCGGCCGCGUCACGUUCAACAACGUGCGCUCGUACGUGCGCGCUAUUUCCGCGGGAUACGUGGAAAUUGUUACCGACAAGUUCUCUAAAAAGAUACAAGUAGACCCAUAUUUGGAGGACUCGAUGUGUUCGGAAUGCAACCUGCAGCAGGGUCCAUACUUCUGCCGUGAACCAAUGUGCUUCAGAUACUUCUGCCGCUCGUGUUGGAUGUGGCAACACUCUGUGGAGCCCCACAAGCCCCUGAUGCGGAAUUCGAAGGGCCCUCCAGUGUUCCCCGCCGCCAACCACCAGGCCAGGCCCGACCAGAACUUGUUCAACGGCGGAUUUGGUACAAGCGAGGGUACCCCCUCGCCCGCCACGAGCGGAACCAGCGGGACCUCGGAGUUCGACGCCGGCGCCGCCUGCGAGGAGCCCGCCGAGGCCGGGUGGCCGCUUAACUAAAGUCUGCCCGUCAGCCCCCUUACUCACCUACAUCGAAACUCAUUCUUUCUCUAAAUUGGAAAUAAAAAUAGAUCGGAUAACGAAGGGUAUAUUAAUAGGUCUCAUCAUUUUAAAUCUUGGGAUAAGAAACGGAAGGGAAGUGUUUCGAGGUUCGCGAGUGAGUCCCCAGACCGACCGCCGGACGGCACCGGGCGAGCCACGCACGUGGCGUGUUGUCGAGCUGCUAUUAAGUUGGGCGCUCCGCCAGCAUUUGCUUUUUUUUAGAUUAAGAUUGAUUUGUAGGCUGGUUUUUAUAACUUACUGAGCUGUUAAAUUUGAUCUGUAAUCCCAGAGACAAAGUGCGGGGCAUAUUCUAGAAAUCGUUAGGUUAAAAUUUGAUGCCCUGAUCACAACUUUUGAAAUUUUUAUUUCUAUCACAUAAUUCAAAGUUAAUACCGAAAUUUCACUAAAGAUAUAUGUAACGUUAUAAACACCAGUCAUGACCCACUACUUUGCCAUACUAAAUGUAAAAGUUAGCAGGUUCAGAGCGAGUGGACGAAAUAAUGUUGAUUUUAAUCAUUUUUUUAAUUGUUAUAGCUUUCCAAGGCAGAUUAAUUAUAAGACUGAGUAUCGACAAACUUGACGCUUUUUGUCUCAUCUAUUAACAAGUGAUAGGAUGCGUCAAGAAUAUUUUAAUAGUUUAUUCUUUAUACUUGUAACGACAAUUUUCUGAAAUACUUCUGCAUUGGAAAGCCUACUUUAGUAGCUUUUAUUUUUGUAUACAAUAAAGUAUAUUUUGUUUUGUAUACGCCUUCAGCGUAGAAUGUUCCUUAGAUCAAUUUUACACGUGCCUAAAUAGAUAUAGGCGAUUUUAACGCGGUUUUAAGGUGCCUCAUGUAUUUUAGCCCUGUAGCACAAAUCAUUUUAAAAUUUUAAAUGGGCGUUUAAAUGGUGUAAUCAAGAAUUUUAUAGAUUUUAGGCAAUACCAACUAAAAUAUUGUUGAUUUUACAAGUGCUUGUUUGA